CUUCUCAAUUGUAUAUUAUUUCAAACUACUAUUAAGUUCAAAUUUAAAUACCGUAUUUCAGAUGAAAAAUAAUCAUUCAGUUAGUCUACUUGCAUCAUUUAGAGUGGUGAUUGUCUUUAUUUUUUAUUAUGUCAACCUUCCAUUUAUCUUAUAUAGUAAAGCAAAUAGAUAAGUUUAUUGAUAAGGAUAUUUGGUGACACCCUAAACUUCUUGUAAAAUGUAUCGGAGCCAUGAAAAGAUUUUACGGAAUAAAUCUGUUGAGGCUAUAGUUCUUAUUUCUUUUUUUUUUCAGUCUUUCUUUCUGUAACACAUUCGCGAGGUUCAGUUUUCUUUCACUAGGUGGAUUCUCCAUAUCCACCAAUGCAGUUGAAGCUCCGAGCAUUCGCCUUCUUUCCUUUCACUUUCGUAAACAACACCCACCGCGAGAGGUCAGUGAGUAGGACGUCCCUGUAAGUGGCUGUAUACCUGUGACCAUCUUUGUGCGGACUCCCACCCUCAACCGUACCAGAACAUUUGGGGAUUUCUAUUCAGAGUUUAUAAAUUCAUCUUCAAACCUAAAAUCAUGUAUAAAUUAGAUCGUUUAAUACCAAGUUCAAUUAACUUUGUGCAUACGGAUACAAUGUAUAAAUUGGAAAAUUUUUACCAUCUUGAUAAAGAAAAUAAUUCAUCGUCGUGCUUUCAAAUAUCAAAUGAAGGUAUUUCUAAUGAAUUAAAUGAACGUGAUAAAAGUCUUCUUAAAGAACUUGAACAAUUAGACGAGAAUAUAUCAUUUCUUUUAAAUAUGUUUAAAAGUUAUAAUCCGAAAAAUAAUUCCAAUGUUUGUAACGCUCAAAAUGCUUCAAAAUCUGACAACUUUAUUUCUGAGCUUCAUCAGUUAACAUAUCAUAUUUCAAAUCUUUCAAAUCAUUAUAAAACAAAUCUUGUUGAAGAUGUACAACCUGACAACAUUUACAAAGAACUAUGUAAAUUAGACUUAGAGUUAGAUGAUAUUUUGAGUAUGUUUACAAACUAUUGUCAUCUUCAGCAUAUCAAUAGCACAACGACAAACAGUACUCCAACACCUUCAAAUAAGUCUAUUACUGUCCCUAAAGAACCUUUCACGCUUAUUAUUCAGUGUAAUCCAAAUCGUCCUCCGUUAUCGGUAAUAUUGUUUUGUCACAUACUACUUAGUAACCAAUAUAAAGUAACAAUUAACUCAUUUGUACACUCAACAGUAAAAGAACUACCUACAUCACUUAAGAAGUUAAUGGAUAUCCUUUCAAUUGAUAUGCAUGGUUCUCCAAGUAAUAACACAUGUUACUGGCUGUUUGACACAAAACUGUGCCUACAUUUUAUAUGGAACUCAAGCUGUCCUGAUAGUACUGUUUCAUCCCUUGAUAAAUCUAUUACACCAACAACGUUGUACGGAGAAUGUAUGCUUGUACAACUGAUUGGAAAAAUUCUAGAACCUCACAAUUUCGACCAACUAUCAUCACUUAUUAUUGCUAUAGACUCAAGUUUACUAUUACCCGGAUUAUCGAUACGUAACACUUCCCUAGAUGUAAAACAAAAGUCAUUAAAUAUUUUAAAUAACCACCCAUAUUUUGUGAAGUUCAAUCGUGAACUGCCAUCAAUCGUUGAUUGUUAUCUAUUUGUUUGUAUUAAGGAAUUGAAACUGUCGGAUGUAUUGCCAGCUAAUCUGAAAUCAUGGUUGCAGUUUUGUUCUAAAUGGAAAAGCUUUAAUUUCUUACCACUUUAAGUUAUUUUCUGUGGCCUAAAUUUGAUAAGUAUACUUACUGGUGUAUAAAAAUCUUAUUUUGCUAUUAUUUUUAGGUCGAUAUAAGGCGUUCAUAAGCAUUGCUUUCGUAACGUUAUAUUUGAGUACUACUUAUUAAUUCAGUGGUUCCAAGUGUUUGUCUUAUUUGGACUAUUUCCUUACUAGUACGCCUUGUUUAGAUCAAAUGAUAUUAAUAAACAUCACAGUUUCUCAUUGACUUCGAUAUCAUUGUACUAUGCAAUUUAACUCGAGUCAUUUCACUCACCAUGUUUGCCACUGGAUUUCUUUUAUAUUCUUAAUCAUAUAUGCAAACAGAAUAACCUGAUUAGUAUGGUACUAAAUCUACCUAAAUUUUUUUACAAAGGAUAAUCUAUCAUUAUGGUUAUGUUCCAAUCUUAUCUACACAGCAAAUCAUGAACUUGUGAACAUAUAACGGUCUUUGUGAGAAAAGUUGAUGCAAUUAGUCAAUAGCCAGAUUGAUUUUUGAUAAUGUUCUUAGACAGACGUAUCUGUUCCUCAGUAUUUAAAUGUUAAAUUUCUCACUUUAGCAACCAGGUACAAGUUCGUACACGA